UCCCCCCCCCCCGAGUAAGUUCAGCCUGUUGAAUUAUAUUAACAAUGUACAAAUCUUCAGUUUCUCUUUCUUUUCAGGAGCACUGAAUUCAAUCCAUUUCAGAUGAAAGGAAAAUGUUUGGAUUUCCCCUGUUGAAAUGAGAUAUAUAUUCAACAUUUAAAAAAAUAACAAUAUGGUUCAUUUCUGGUCAAGAAAAGCCCUGUUGCGCCUCACAGCAGCUGCCAUCAUUGUUUGCCUCCUUGGAACUACACUUUUAAUGAUUUUCAAUAUCACGGAAAAAGAUAAAAGAACAUUAGAAAAGCAACUAGAAAAAAUAAAAAACCCAAUAAAAAAUGAAAAUGUAAUGCUUGCAGCACUGAGAAAAGAGGUUGAUGAACAAAUAGAAAGGCUAAAAAAUCCUGAAUCAGAGAUUGAUGAAAUUUUGACUAUGUCUGGAAACAAAAGUCGCUUGAAAUUUGUGCUGACAGCAGCUUUAGAAAAACCAAAGCAAAACCUUGCUAAUGACACUAAAAUAAAUGAAGCCAGAAAUGUAAACUACAAUGUUCACAUAUUUUAUUACCCAUGGUAUGGAAAUCCAACAUUUGAUGGAAAAUAUUUACACUGGAAUCAUCCUUUUUUGCCACAUUGGAACCACAAGGAAGCAAAGAAAUGGCCGUCUGGACACCACAGCCCACCGGACGAUAUUGGAGCUAACUUUUAUCCAGAGCUAGGACCCUACAGCUCCAAGGAUCCAGGAGUUGUGAGAAAGCAUAUACAGGACAUUAAAUAUGCGGGUAUAGGUGUGAUAGCAGUAUCCUGGUACCCCCCAGGGGAUGCAGACUCACAGGGCGAGGAGCCUGAUAAGCUCAUGCCAAUGAUCUUAGACAUGGCAGCAGCACAGGGUGUUAAGGUUGCAUUCCAUAUAGAGCCGUAUAAAGGUCGUGAUCAUUUAACCCUGAAAAAGAACUUAAAAUACAUAAUAAAGACUUACGGAAACCACUCUGCCUUUUAUCGACGCUACCACAAGGAAAAGAAUAAGAUGCUGCCUUUGUACUACGUCUAUGACGCCUAUCAAGUGAGCUCCAAACUCUGGGCUGAUCUUUUUAAGCCUAGUGGCAAGCUUACGUUACGAGACACAGAACUUGAUGGAUUUUUUAUUGGCUUGCUUGUCGAACAACAGCACAAGGUAGAUAUCGUUUCUGCUGGUUUUGAUGGGUUUUACACCUACUUCGCUACCAAUGGCUUCACAUUUGGUAGUAGCUGGGAUAAGUGGAAGGAAAUUCAAAAGUUUGCUAAAUCACAAUCAAAAAUGUUCAUUCCAAGUGUUGGACCGGGUUAUAUUGAUACAAACGUUAGACCAUGGAAUGGUAAAAACACCCGUAAUAGAAAUGCUGGUAACUAUUACAGAGCAGCAUUUGAUGCUGCUUUUAAGGUUAAUCCCAGUAUCAUAUCAAUUACCUCCUUCAAUGAGUGGCAUGAAGGCACACAGAUAGAACCUGCAGUGUCUAAGAAUACAGGCCAGUACUUGUACUUAGAUUAUGGCCGCAAGCAGGGUCCCCGUUACUAUCUGGAUCUAACAAGGGAGUUUGCAGACAGAUAUACACGUAUGUAAUGUAUCAACUUUCACAGACUGCAAAAAGGAUAAGAUCUUUUUCCAUUGGGUUGAAUACACGAAAUUUUUUGAUUGAUGUAUAUUUGUUUUUAAACUUUAAAAAUGUUAAGAGUGGACAUUUUAGUAUGAUGUGGACAUUUUUACAUUUUGACUCUUCCAAUUAUUCCCAGUGUGUGUAUUUUCAGAUAGGCAAUACUGCCACUAUAUAGGUUUUAAAGUUAUAUGUUCACACAUAUAUCAGCAAAUGUAAUUUUGGAGAGAAAAAAACAAUACUAUGAUAAUUUCUGCUUUACAUGAAAGUGUCAUUUAUUGAAUAUUUAUUUCCCCUUACAAAGUGGUCACAAAAAUUAUACUAUCAAUGAAUUAAGAUUCUCAAAUACAUGUAACAACUACUUUCAUAAAAAAAACAUGUUGUGCUUGUAAUAAUUUAUAUUACAAAUCUCUAGCCUUUAAUGUGUUCAUACCAUAAUAUGUUCACACUACCUAUUUAUAAUUUCAUUUUCAAAUUCCUAUAUAGUUUCUGAUCGACAUUUAUUGCCUGGCCGAAAUGAUAACCUAGAACCACAACUUUGUUUCUGUAAAAAAUGCCCGUUUCACUUAUUGAAUGAAUUUGUUUGAUUAUUUAUUUUCAAGAACGGAAGGAAAAAAUCCAAACCUUUAUGACAAUAUGAAAUCCAAACAUGUUCUCAAAGAUGGCUUCUGGCCAUGCUGGAAUACAUUUGUAUGUUUGUAAGCAACUGGGCUUCAUACCAUCAUAAAUCCAUUUGAAUCCUUCAAAGACAAUCUGCCAUUUCUUGUUUGGAAACCUCUAUAUAUGCAACAAAAACAUUUAUCCCAACAAUAUUAAUGAGUACUAACAUCUGAUGUAGCUAAUAUUUUUCUCAAAUGAUCCAGUAAUAUGUUGAAGAGAGUAUCAUUGUUUUUUUUACAAAAAAGUGAUUGAAGUGUUUAUGUUAUACAUAAAUAACUUAUGGAACAUAUCCUUAUUUUAUGUUGCUCUGGCCCAAGGGACCAUGCUAGUUAAUGCUAUGGUGCAAUGUCUUUUGGCUUUUCCUUUACAACCCUACUCCUUCUGAACAGCUGAUCAGCUGUUAACAAAAGUCUGAAGCAUUACUGGGUCAAGGGGAUUCAGUGUUUUAUCAAUGAAAGGUGUGUCCCUACUCCAUGGAAGCAGAGAAUGCCAGUAGGGAAAAUAGGGGUUAUAGAGAUAAAUCUUUAACAGAUUAUUUCUUCAAUACAGGUGAAGGUAUUUGAACCAAAUUUGACUCAAAGCAUCACUGUGCAAAGAUGAAUGCAAUCUCGUAUGAAAGAAUAAUGAUAGAUGCAAAUGACUAUAUCAUGACCAGUUGUUAUUUUAAUGUCUUAUUUGACUCUUUUGAUUGGUAUAGACCUUUAACUUAUUAAUAAGGUUCUGCCAAGUUUUGAAAAGAAAUCCUCAAAUGUCCCAAUCAUAGUUUUUUUUUUAAUCAAUUCACAAAGAAGACCAUCAGUACAUGUUGUCUGGUUGGCAUUUUUAAUUUCUUCUCAACUUCCACCAUGCCAGCAGCCAGUUGUAGCUGAACUUGGUCUGAAUAAUAUGGUCCAGGACAGGUGCUGUUACUUUUGGGGUUGAUGCCAUAAUCAACUAGCCAUCCUGUCCUCUGAUUGAAAAGGACUUAUUUGACUAAUUCUCAAUUUCAUCAGAUCAAAGUUAACCAAAUAUCAUGCAAAUGAUCCUCUAAUUGUCCUUACCAAGCGAGUGGUUGCAAGUUAGCUGAACUGCUUCAACUUCUUGUCUAGUUCAGAUAGCAGAGAAGUAGAUGAUGGAUGAAAGUCCUAUGUGGGUCAUGCAGGGUUUUGUAAACCAUAGAUUAUGUCUGGAAAUUUGAAUUUACCAUUUAGAAAAUUGGUUGAAAACACUAUGAUGUGGUUGUUUUUAUUGACUGAAUUAUAAAUUUUGAUCAGUUUUGUAAAUUUGCCAACCAUUCAGUUGUACCUUUAGAAGAGUGGAGUUUAUUUAUGAAUUGGUACCUUACAAAUGUAUGUUAGGAUUGCCAUGGUUUGUUUUGUAAUUAUGACAAUUAUAAAGUCACACUUUAAUUUUGAAUUUGUGAUACUACUAUUUCUACCAUCUUUAGAAUGGUUUCUUAUCAAUACAGCAGAACCAGAUAAGAUUUAUGCCCUGCUAUGUUCUAACUUUACAUUAAAUGUUUUUGUACAUUUGUUUGUUGUCCUUCAAUCCCUAGUCCUUCACAUGAUAUUUUUUUUACUUUUCUAGUCUGGCCCAUUUCUGAUUAAGGUUUAUAUUGUCUGUGAAGUCCCUAUACAAUGUAUUAGUAGUUAUCUAUUAUAGGUGUACCUAGAAUACUUCUGAAUAUACUCCAUUUCUGAUUAAGGUUUAUGUGAAGUCCCUAUAUCAUUCCUGAAUUUAAUAAGCCCCCUUUCAUCAAAAUGAGCCCUCAAGCCUUCAGCUGUGCGUUCAACCAAGUAUAGGGUAGGCUAUGGAAAUAGCCAUGCUGUGUUUAGGUAUCACAUGGUAAAAUUACAAGGGUAUACAGAACUUAUCUGGGUUGAAGUGAAAGUGAGCCUAUGAAAGAAACUGCAAAAGAUGGUGUCAUAUAUUUUUUUUUUAAAUCCUUUUCUGAAAAUCAUUUGUUUUUGUAAUUAUUUUGGUGAUGUUGCUUUAAGCAACUUCUCUGCGUAAGCUCUGAGAUGAAGAUCAAUCAUAUUUGGUUGGAAACAUCUUCAAAUGGUGGGGAAUCAAAAGUGUACAAAUGGGGAGAUUUAUUCCUGGGGCUGAGGGACAGAUCGGGGCUGAGGGACAGAUC